AUGUCAAAGCAACCAAACACUCCCUUUACCGGCGCAACCCCAGCCCAAAUCGACUUAAUCGGCACUCUCUGCAUCGCCCUAAUGACCAUCGGCGCCCCCUUCUCAACAGGCUGGACAAAACAAUACCACCCCCGCUACGUAAUCUGGGCUAGCGGAGUACUCUACUCAACUGCCCUCGUCCUCGCAAGCUUCAGCCAAUCCCUAUGGCAAUUCAUCCUAACCCAAGGCAUUCUCCUCGGCAUCGCCACGUGUCUAACCUACAUGCCCUCCGUAACCGUCGCACCGACCUGGUUCACCCUGCACCGCGGCCUAGCGAUGGGAAUCAUCCUCGCAGGAACCGGAGUAGGCGGCGUAGCCUGGCCGCUUGCAUUCAGGUAUCUAAUCGAAGCAGUGGGAUUCCGCACCACGCUCCGCAUCACUGCCGGGAUCUCUUUCAUUCUCAUCUGCGGUUCCGGCACAUUCCUGUGUUGGCCGGAGAGCCAGAUCGCCCGCAUCCAAGCCGAAAACGCCGCGGCCUCGAGGUCACCGAGCUUCUUCCGUCUUCCGCUGGUAGACUGGCGAGUCGUGCGAAGCCGCAAGUUCGUUGCUCAUGCGCUAGGCGCAGCGCUGCAGUCAGCUGCGUACUACACGCCAGUGUUUUUCUUUGCGUCUUUUGCUCGUACUUUGGGCUACUCGCAGACUUCGUCUGCGAACUUCAUUGCCAUCUCCAAUGCGGCGAAUGCGCUUGGGAAGGUGGUUAUCGGACACGCAGCGGAUAGAAUGGGCAGGUUGAACACGCUAGUUCUGACGACUCUUAUUUCCGCCAUAUCCGUUGUCGCAUUGUGGCUUCCUUCGUGUUUAUCCUCUACACAAUCUACCGGCAGCAAUCUCUUCAUCGCGUUUACGAUUCUCUAUGGCAUAUUCGCCUCCGCAUAUGUCGCACUCUUCCCCACGAGUCUGGUGGAGGCAUUCGGUGUACAGAACUUCGUCAGUGUCAACGGUUUCCUGUACAUGGUGCGAGGGUUUGCGACGCUACUUGGAACACCGGUUGCAGGCGCACUGAUUCGCGGUCAUGGUCAGAAGGUUGCCAGCCCGCGCAACUAUGAAAAUACCAGUGUAAUGGUUGGGGUUCUACUUGUUGUUGCUACGUUGGCGGUGGUGUGGGCGCGACUAGAGGCGAUGCUCACAUUCGAUAGUGCGCAGGGGCGAAGAAGGAAGUGGUUGAUGUGA